CACACAAAAAGCCUCAAACAAAGAAGGAUGAGCAUUCUUUUCUUCCUCUCAAACACUUGAUGAGUUGGGUUUUUUUUUGUUUUUUUUUAAAAAGGAGUGAAGUCUUUUUUGUUUUUUUUCUUCUUCCAUCUUUGCGGAGGGGGCUCAGAGGAACUGAGACUCCACACUUUGCGCCUGCUACUUAUAUAUUAAAAAGUUUUAGAGGGAAUUCUUUCCGAGGUCUUGGAGCGUCAUAUCUCAUCUACUCCCAAGGAUUUUUUUUUGUUUCUGAAGACUGUCAGGAAGAGGAUUGAAAAAGUUUUCAACUGGUGUUUGUGUAGAUGCGCCGGGAGCGGAGGGAUUCUCCCGGCUGAGCGGAGAGAGCGCAGCGCCUCCGGAGACAAGGUUAUGAGGGAACUGAGCUGAACAUGGAGUUUAUCUGGUUCUUGCUUUUCUCCAGUGUCCAUCAGCUUGUCUGUGGCCAAGGAGUUUACGCUCCAGCCAAUGCCCAGAUUGUGCACUCCGGUGCAGCGUGUAACGUCAAGGAUGAUAACAUAAGUGAGAGAAUUUACACCAUCAGAGAAGGGGACACACUAGUGCUUCGGUGUAUUGUUAAAGGACACCCACGACCACAGGUGCGAUGGACAAAGACAGCAGGCAGUGCUUCAGACAAGUUCCAGGAAACAUCCAUCUACAACGAGACAUUGCGCAUCGAGGGCAUCCAGAGAGUGCAAGGGGGUCGCUACUACUGCAAGGCUGACAACGGGGUGGGGGUGGCUGCCAUCAAGUCCAUCCGUGUAGAUGUGCAGUACCUCGAUGUUCCAGUUCUCACAGUGCACCAGACCAUCGGCGAUAUACGUGUUGGUUUCUAUCAUGAGAAAACGGUGUUCCUUCGCUGCACUGUCAACUCCAACCCUCCUGCACGAUUCAUCUGGAAACGUGGCAGUAGGACCAUAGAGCAGAGCAAGGACAAUGGAGUGGACAUCUAUGAGCCUCUUUACACUCAGGGUGAAACCAAGGUGCUGAAACUAAAAAACCUGAGACCCAAGGACUUUGCUGAUUACACCUGCCAGGUGUCUGUCCGAAACGUGUGUAACAUCGAAGACAAGUCGGUCAAAUUUAUUCUCACAAAUACCACAUCUCCCCCAAUGAUCCGACUGUCAGUCAACGAUACUGUGGUGGUCGAUCCAGGACAGGAUGUGCUCAUCACCUGUGAGGUCACUGCAGGCUACCCACCUCCCAAUGUGACGUGGUCACGUUACCCUGGACCUCUUCCUCUCAGCGCCCAAGUAAAGGGGGCCAUGUUGAUUCUGCGUGCUGUCACACCGGCAGAUGGAGGAUUCUACAACUGCACGGCUGUCAACAAUGUGGGCAACCCUGCUCGCAAAAAUGUCAAUCUAGUUGUCAGGACAAUGAGCAAUCUGACCUUCCAAAUUACACCUGACUCUAACAAGGACAGUGAGUCCAUCCAAAUGGGACGUGACCUCAAGCUGUCGUGCCACGUUGAUGCCACCCCACAAGACAAAAUCAACUACACCUGGUAUAAAAACGGUGCAAUGGUCUUCAACUCAGACAGCCUGAUUUUACUGCGCAGUGACCCAGACAUGGCACCCGGGACAAGUAGCUUAGAGAUCGUGGAUAUGAAGUUCAGAGACUUGGCGACCUACAGCUGUGUGGUGAACUUCCCUGGCAGCAGGGUGCCAGAGAUGCGAGUGGAUGUCAACAUCUCUCAGAACAGUGUUUCUCCUCCAGUGUUGUCAGUCCCACCAGGAGGUCAGAUUGUGAGUGUUCGUGAGGGAGGGAACGCUGACCUGGUGUGCUUGGUUCUUGAUGGUAAACCUCGCCCUCCAAUUCUGUGGUCACGGACAGAAAAGGACCUGCUGAUGCCUUCUGGGACACCUGUGGUGGAGACACCUGAUGGCCGCUUGAGGCUAAAAAACGUUAGCAGGGACAUGAUGGGGUUGUAUCGGUGUCAGACAGCUCCAUACAACGGACUCAACAUCAAACGCAGAGAAGCACAAGUUCAACUGAACGUGCAAUACCCUCCUAUCCUGGACCCAGUCUUUCAGGAUGUGCGUUGCAGAAACUAUCAGAUGUUGACCCUAACCUGUACAGUCCUGCGGUCCAACCCUUCUCGUCUAAUAGACAUCCGCUGGUUACGAAACGGUGACUUUGUCCAAAUGUCCAGGCCAGACCUCAAGGAGACGCCAGAGCUGAAGUUCAAACUAGAACCCAUCAACAAUGGGACAUACGAAUGCCGAGUCAGCAACAGCGCAGGGAUGUCGUCAUGUACUUUUAAUGUCUCUGCAAAACCCUACAAUUCUGAGUUUUAUUUUGAUACACCCAACCCUGUGCGCAUUCUGAAGGGUAACAACUACUCCUACAACCUGCAGUGGACACAAAAAGAUCCACAGGCCACAGACUGUAUUAUAGGCUACUGGCUAAAUGUCCGAAAGAACAAGCAGAAUGUGGUGUCAAAGCAAAUAGACCUUAAGGGGAAGGAGCCAGAAAAUGGGGUACUUUUGUCCCAUACAAUAUCAGACCUGAGAAUCCCUCUGUCUUAUGAGGUCCGACUGGCUCCCAUCACCACCUACAUCACUGGUGACUACAUAAGCCGGACCAUCCAGUACUCAGAACCUUACACUUACCCAAGAUCUUCAGACCACGUGUGUGGGUUUGAGGAUGAACGGAUCUGUGGCUUCUCUCAGGACCGGAGUGACGUCUUUGACUGGACGAGACAGAAUAACCUGACACAUAAUCCCAAGCGAUCUGCCAAUACAGGGCCGGAGACCGACCGCAGUGGAACAAAGGAGGGAUAUUAUAUGUACAUUGAAGCAUCACGCCCCCGUGCUCAAGGGGACAAAGCACGUCUUCUGUCCCCACUGUUUAAUGUGUCUUCAGUCAAGGGUCCCAAGGGCUCUGGCAGAGUGCCGUACUGCGUUUCCUUCUACUAUCACAUGAAGGGCAAACACAUUGGUACGCUUAAUGUACUUCUGAGAGUGAGAAGCAUUGCUCCUGUGGACUCGGUGGUGUGGGCAAAGUCUGGUCAUCAGGGCACUGACUGGAGGAAAGCAUCUUUUGACAUUAGUCCCAGCGGUCCCUUCCAGGUUGUAUUUGAAGGAAUUCGAGGCCCAGGUUUCGAAGGAGAUAUUGCCAUCGAUGACGUGUCCAUCACCAUCGGAAAAUGCAAACAAGAAAACACUGUAGCCAACGCAGUACUCAUCGGAGGAUCACAUUCACUCCCACUGGCCAGGUGGCUGACCUUUAGCCUUUCCUGCUUCUUCUCACUCCUCUACAGAUGAUGAGCCCUCCCACAGCACCACCACCAACCAGUCUGUCCUGACAGACACUAUCCUAACUGGCGCUUUUUUUAAUCAUGUCUCUUUCCCCUCCCUGUCUUCCU